ACGUCUUUUAUAACACAUUUUUACGAGAGUCUAGGUCUUGCUUUUGAACGCCAUGAGUGUGACGAUCAGAGACUACGAAUUGACCUUCAACAGUCACAAACUUUACGAUGUCUAUUUGGACGACACCGAAAUCAACACCGUCGUCACUCGUGAUCCCGGUAUGGUGUGCACUUGGAUCAACAACACCGAAGCUGCAAACGAAUCCCGUCGCCACCGCUUGAUUGUCGGGCUUGACAUCGAGUGGGAGCCAAACUUCUACUCACAAAACCCCGUCGCCACCCUCCAACUCUGUGUCGGAAGAACCUGUCUUAUUUACCAAAUUCUUCACGCCCCCAGUAUCACCCGCCUACUCCGCAACUUCCUCCAGAACGAAAACUACAGAUUCGUUGGGGUUGGUAUUGAUAAUGACGCGCAGAAGCUGUGGGACGACUAUGGGAUUCAAGUGUCGAACAGGGUUGAUCUCCGGGGGUGGGCGGCAGAGGAGUUGGAGAAUGAGAAUCUUCGUAAUGUUGGGCUCAAAUAUUUGGUGAAGGAAAUCGUGGGAAUAGAGAUUGAAAAGCCUAAGAGUGUGACUUUGAGUGCUUGGAGUGAGCGUUGGCUUAGCUAUGAUCAGAUAUGUUAUGCCUGCUUUGAUGCUUAUCUUUCUUUUCAAGUAGGGAGGUUCUUAAGUUCCACAACAAUUCAAAUUUGACUGCUUAUCUUUCCUACUGGUAUUUGAUUCCAAUUUACGUUAACUCUGUCAAAAAGUACAAUUCGCUUAUAAAGUAUUCCUUGCUAACUUUACUGUUUAA